AUGAAGUAGUAGACCUAUAAAAAUAAUGUAUUGUUUUAUCUUUACUGUACCGCUGACCUGUUCCUGCAAUGUUUUGUCUUUCAUGAUAUCAAUGAUGCUUAUUGCUGAUUCCUCCAUGCUGGUCACAUAGGAUCCUAGUCAGGAAGAACGAUUUGCAUUUCUUGCCGAAUGGUAUGACCCAAAUGCUGCCCUUCUAAGGCAGUAUCAGUUUCUGUUUUAUCCAAAAGAUCGGUCAGUUGAAAUGUUUGACAUGAAAAACCAUCGUACCUUUUUAAGAAGGACAAAAUAUGACGAUAUAAACCUGCAAGAUCUCUUUGUGGGCAACCGUUUGAACGUGUUUUCACGGCAGCUUCACUUAAUAGAAUAUGGGGACCAGUACACAGCAAGCAAACUGGGCAGCAGGAAAGAAAAAACACUUGCUAUGAUCAAACCAGAUGCUACUGACAAGUUAGGAACAAUAAUUCAAUUGAUCUAUGAUGCAGGCCUGACAGUAACCAAAGCAAAAAUGACAGCUUUGUCACGGAAGGAGGCCUUGGACUUCUAUGCAGAACAUCAGUCAAAGUCUUUCUUCAAUAACCUUGUGCAGUUUAUAACCUCUGGCCCGGUUGUUGCCAUGGAGAUCCUGGGAGAUGAGGCUGUGACUGCCUGGAGAAGGCUCCUGGGGCCAACAGACUCGAGUGUGGCUCGAAACGAGGCGCCAGACAGUGUGCGGGCAAAUUUUGGCACAGAUGGCACCAAGAAUGCUGGGCAUGGUUCUGAUUCACUCGCAUCAGCAGCAAGAGAGCUGGAGUUUUUCUUCCCAUCAACUGGUCGUGGCCCAUCUAAUACUGCGAAAUAUAGUGACUGCACUUGUUGCCUUAUUAAGCCUCAUGCCAUUACAGAAGAGCUCACUGGGAAGAUUUUGAAUGCGAUCAGUGAUGCCGGAUUUGAAAUAUCAGCUUUGCAGAUGUUCAUUUUGGACCGUGCAAAUGCAGAAGAGUUUUAUGAGAUUUACAAAGGAGUUGUCGCUGAGUACACUGGUAUGGUUGCAGAGUUGUGCUCUGGACCUUGUAUGGCAUUAGAGAUCCAUGGAUCAGAGGCUCCAAAGACAUUUCGAGAAUUCUGCGGGCCAGCUGACCCUGAAAUUGCCCGUCACCUUCGUCCCCAUACAUUGAGAGCUGUCUUUGGAAAAACCAAACUUCAGAAUGCUGUGCAUUGUACAGACCUGCCAGACGAUGGGAUUUUGGAGAAGUUAUACAUUUCCAUUGGGGUAUGUAAACUUUUGACGACAACUGUGUAUAUAUGUAUAUGUAUAUAUAUACAGACGUGCUCAAAUUUGUUGGUACCCUUACAGCUCAUUGAAAUAAUGCUUCAUUCCUCCUGAAAAGUGAUAAAAUUAAAAGCUAUUUUAUCAUGUAUACUUGCAUGCCUUUGGUAUGUCAUAGAAUAAAGCAAAGAAGCUGUGAAAAGAGAUUAAUUAUUGCUUAUUCUACAAAGAUAUUCUAAAAUGACCUGGACACAUUUGUUGGUACCCCUUAGAAAAGAUAAUAAAUAAUUGGAUUAUAGUGAUAUUUCAAACUAAUUAGUUUCUUUAAUUAGUAUCACACGUCUCCAAUCUUGUAAUCAGUCAUUCAGCCUAUUUAAAUGGAGAAAAGUAGUCACUGUGCUGUUUGGUAUCAUUGUGUGCACCACACUGAACAUGGACCAGAGAAAGCAAAGGAGAGAGUUGUCUGAGGAGAUCAGAAAGAAAAUAAUAGACAAGCAUGGUAAAGGUAAAGGCUACAAGACCAUCUCCAAGCAGCUUGAUGUUCCUGUGACAACAGUUGCAAAUAUUAUUAAGAAGUUUAAGGUCCAUGGAACUGUAGCCAACCUCCCUGGGCGUGGCCGCAAGAGGAAAAUCGAACCCAGAUUGAACAGAAGGAUAGUGCGAAUGGUAGAAAAAGAACCAAGGAUAACUGCCAAAGAGAUACAAGCUGAACUCUAAGGUGAAGGUACGUCAGUUUCUGAUCGCACCAUCCGUCGCUUUUUGAACGAAAGUGGGCUCCAUGGAAGAAGACCCAGGAGGACUCCACUUGACAGUUUUUUGGCAAGUCACAUCAGCUCUAUGUUCACAGACGAAAAAAUGAAGCUGUCAAAGAAAAGAACACCAUACCUACAGUGAAACAUGGAGGAAGCUCGGUUAUGUUUUGGGGCUGCUUUGCUGCGCCUGGCACAGGGUGCCUUGAAUCUGUGCAGGGCACAAUGAAAUCUCAAGACUAUCAAGGCAUUCUGGAGUGAAACGUACUGCCCAGUGUCAGAAAGCUCUGUCUCAGUCGCAGGUCAUGGGUCCUCCAACAGGAUAAUGACCCAAAACAGACAGCUAAAAGCACCCAAGAAUGGAUAAGAACAAAACAUUGGACUAUUCUGAAGUGGCCUUCUAUGAGUCCUGAUCUGAAUCCUGUCGAACAUCUAUGGAAAGAGCUGAAACUUGCAGUCUGGAGUAGGCACCCAUCAAACCUGAGACAGCUGGAGCAGUUUGCUCAGGAAGAGUGGGCCAAACUACUUGUUAACAGGUGCAGAAGUCUCAUUGAGAGCUACAGAAAACGUUUGAUUGCAGUGAUUGCCUCUAAAGGUUGUGCAACAAAAUAUUAGGUUAGCGGUCCCAUCAUUUUUGUCCAUGCCAUUUUCAUUUGUUUUAUUAUUUACAAUAUUAUGUUGAAUAAAAAAUCAAAAGCAAAGUCUGAUUUCUAUUAAAUAUGGAAUAAACAAUGGUUGAUGCCAAUUACUUUUGUCAGUUUCAAGUUAUUUCAGAGAAAAUUGUGCAUUCUUCGUUUUUUGUGGAGGGGUACCAACAAAUUUGAGCACGUCUGUAUAUACACAAUCUCAAUGUUAUUGAUGAAGCUUUGGUUCUCUGAACAUAGCAUUAUUCUUGUCCUCUUCUUGAGGCUAUCCAGGCCUGUCAUUUUUUAGUCAUCCACUAAAUGUGGCUUUAAUGUCCAUCCUUUUGUUCUAAUAUGAGACUAAUCUCCAUUUGUAAAUUUCUGGCCCUCUGUGGAUGUAAUAUAUAGCAGAUUAAAAAUUGCUAUAUAUAUAUAUAUUUUUUUACAGAUAGAUAUAGUUGGGGGUUGGGGUACGUGAAAGUGAGCAGUCUUCUAAAAUAUUUGUGGUGUUUUUUGGUGGCAUUUAAGUCCCAAGUGUGCUCAAUUGAUUGAAUUUAGGGAAAAAUCAGGCAAGGAAGCACAUUGAUGUUUCUCUUAAUUUCAAAAGCAUUUAUACAACUCCUAAAUUGGCAGAAUGACCAACCAUCCCCUUGUUUCCAUAGCUUAUUCUGUCCCAUACCGUUAAACUUCAGCCACCCUUGAGAUCAGCUGCAGCAACACAGGAGUUCCAUUCUCUGCUAUAGGAACUAUUGGAAGCAGAACCUCUACUGCUCAGUUUACCAGAUCCUUGGCCACUGAGUAAAACAUGUCCUUCACCAAAACGUUUUUAUUUAUUCUCUCUCUCUCCCCCACCCCCCCUAGCUAAUCUAGUUUUGCAAAAAAAAAAAAAAAAAAAGUUUCAAUCACAACAUCCUAUUCACAGAAAGUUUCCAUUAUUUCAUCAGGGGGUUGGUCAGAAAGCAAAUUGAUUUUUUUUUUUAUUAUUAUUAGUUGGUUGACCUGGGAAACCGAAUGACCGUUGUAUUACCCAUCAGCUGACUGAGGAACUGCAGGCCAGGUCCUAAGCAGGAUCUCUCACCAACUCUAGCUUGCCUGAGAAAAUAAAUAAAUUAAACAGUAUAUUGUUAGCCAAUAAGCUAUGGCUUUUUAUUUUAAACAUUCCUUCUUGUAGUUUUUGGACUGGGUGAGGGUCACAAAGUGUUUGCAUUCCUAUGAAAUGUUAAGACAAUAGAUGCAGACUGCUUACAUGAAGAUUGUUUAAAAGUUAAGUACAGCAUUAGUAAAAUUCUGGUUGGAGUUUAACCAGAAUGUUAUUCAGAGUACUUUCCUGUGGUCCUGGUAUUUUUAUAUAGUACCUGCAACACUAUCACAAAAUGUUUUUUUUCUGUUUUAAAUAAAAGUUUGCAGGUGAAGAACUAUACUCUAGUUCCACUUAAAACGCGAUUGAUUUUAUCAUCUCCUUCCCCCGCCUAGUCUUGUUCCUUUGACAAAGGCCAACAACACUUUGUAUAUCUGGUGUAUAGAACAAAGUCCUACAUCAUAAAGCUAGUUACAUUUAAACUGUGGAAGCCUCCACAACUGACCUGUAAGCACUGAAAGGCACAAGGAGCCUGUUAAACGUUUCAUUAAGUGGAUAGAAAAGUGAUAUACCAAAUUCCACUGGGUGGACCUCACAACCUUUUGUUUCCUUAUCCUCUGCAGAACAGGAAUCAAUUGACAAUAGAAGUGAUUGUGGCUCACAAAUCUUAUGAUAUUGUAAUGAAAUAAUUGACAUUGUUUUGCCAGCCAGUAUUUCUCUACCAGUUUAUUUUGUGUACGUUUUGCAUGAAUAUACAUGAUUUACACUCUGAGCAAAUCCCAGUAAUUUAAGCAAUUAAUUGUUUGUUAACUGCUACCCAAAUAACCAAACGAAUCCAUUUCAAUUAUAGUAGCAGUGUGUCUAUACAGGAUGCAGUUUGAUUACACUUUCAUUUCUCCCCCACCAGGUCCAGUAUUUUUUCAAGAUUCUGGAUGGAUGAACAAACUUCUGGACCACACACACAUUUGUUAAAUGUUUUAAAUAAAAACACUGUUGCAAAGCAUAUAUUAUUUCUCCAUUUUAUUUGAUGUUUUAACCGAAUUAAAUAAAUGACCAACAAGAGUACUUGAACUCCUGACAAGUUUACAGAUGUUAAAACAUUGAUUGUUUGCACUUUUACACCAAUAAAACAUCCUCUACCUUGGGGGUACUACAUUGCUUCAACUUCAAAUAAACUUCCACCACUGACUUUGGUAUUAAUUAAAUUUAUUUAUACAUUACACUUUCCUUGCAGAAAAAUAAAAUUGUACAACAACUGUAUAAAUAAAUUCUUCCACCAUGAAAAUGGUUAAAACUAUUCUUUAUGAAGAUGCAUCACUGUGUGAUGCCUUUAAAAAAAAAAAAUGGGGGAAAAAACAAAAAAAAGCCUGAGUCACUUGCCAAAUAAUCUAGACUCAAGUCUCGCACAUUUUUACAA